AAAGAAAAAAAGAGAAAGACAGAGAAAUUCUUUCCUGGUGGGAAAGAACAAAAACCUUCCUUCCUCCAAAACAAGACCCCCACAUCUCCUUCCCAACCUACCCCUUUUCAGUUUCUGUACCCUCCCUAUAACCCUUCGUCAUUCCAUUUCCACCGUCGGAUUCGGGACCCGAAACAUCAGAUCAACGAUGGAGAUUUCGCUGAUCGCCGAUGCUGUCUCUGUAGCAACGCAUGGUCUUGGCUUCGCCAAAAUCCUCCUCCGAAGCCAUCAUUCCUCAAAUAACAUCCUCGCCGUCGUCUUGCCCAUGGACGCUAUCUCUCCGCCCACAGUCCGAUCGCAUAAUUUCAGAUCUGCCCCUCGGACGCUCGUCCGGAGGAUGCGGCGUACGAGGCGGAGAUCCCUCACGGAGGAGGAAGGCGUGGACGGCGGCGACGAGGGGUUCUUCGGGAACGGAGACGGUCCGUUUGGCGGAGGUGGAGGCAGUGGCAGGGGGUGGAAUUUCGACGGGUUCGGAGGUUCGAAUUGGGAAGAAUCGUCAUCUUCGCCGUAUUCGGAUCCGGCAUUCGACUUCGUCUAUGGGGUACUUUGCUGGAUCGUUUUCUCUAAUUGCAUGCAUUUCGCUUUCAAGCGGGCCGUCCAAAUUGCGGCAGGCGGAGUAGGGGAUCCAUCCAGGGAGAAGGUCCCAAUGCGAUUGGUGCCAUCGGUGUGCUGAUGUGGCACUUGUAUAAGGUCCUGAUUUGAUGGACGGUGGGCUGGUAUCAAUCUUGCCGUCCAGGAAUUGAAACAGGGAAUGGAGGAGGUUGGGGAUUGCUUCUGCCCUAAUUUGGGUUGUCUUCCAUAAGAUUAUUCUAAUGUAUAUAUGUAUAUCAUUGUCAUCGUAGUUGUUGUUUUCGUCGUCAUCGUCGUCGCUCUUAAAAUCAUCAGUUCACUUGUUUAUAUGAUUUGUUCAUGUA